AUGGACAAGCCCGUCAUAUUGCCGGGAACCAGCGUCGCGGUGCCUCGGAUAGGCUUGGGCGUGUACCAGCUCAGGGGAGAAGAAUGUACAAGUGCAUGCCUCGCGGCUCUGGAGGCAGGCUAUCGACACUUUGACACGGCGCAACUAUACGGCAAUGAAGCGGAAGUUGGCAGAGCCGUGAGGGAUUAUCUCGCGCAGGCGAACCUCGAACGACAAGACAUACACGUGACGACCAAAAUCGGGCGUUAUUCGGGGGAUGCGGGCAAGACGUACCGGAGCGCAUUGCGCAGCGUAGAACGCAUCGCCGGCGUGGAUGGGUUCGUCGAUUUGUUCCUCGUACACAGGCCCGUGGAGAAGCGGAAGGAGAUGUGGCUCGCGUUGGAGCGGUUGUUGGAGGAGGGCAGGACGAGAGCGAUCGGGGUGAGCAACUUCAGGAUCGAACAUUUGGAGGAGAUGAAAGGGUACGCGAGGGUUUGGCCGCCGGUCGUGAACCAGAUUGAGAUUCAUCCGUGGUGUCAGCAGAGAGAGCUAGUUGAAUAUUGUCGACGGCAUGGAAUCGUUGUGCAGGCGUAUAGCCCGCUUGCUAGAGGCCAUAAAAUGUCAGAUCCGGUAUUGGCACGGGUCGUUGAACGGGUGCGCCGGCGGGUUCCGUUUAGUAUCCAAGGAGGGGCCGGAGGCGGCGGGGUGGAGGAGGUGGGCCUUGGGAGCGUAGAGGUUGUUGGAAAGACGGAGAAACGGUCGGCCACAGCAACGGCGGCUACGACGACGGUACCAGUAACAGUGGCGCAGGUGUUGGUGCGGUGGUGUCUACAAAAGGGCUACAUCCCGUUGCCCAAGAGCGGCAACCCGGAGAGGAUCGGAGAAAAUAUCAACGUAUUCAUGUUUGAACUCGACAGUGAAGAAAUGGAGCUUCUCGAUGGGCUGGACAUGGGAGCUCAGGGGGCUCUAUUUCCCGCCAACGUAAGUUGA